UAUAAAGAGCCUGCCUGAGCUGCAGAGAAUCCCUGCAGAGGACCCGGGACAGCAAGCGGAUCUCCCACAGCAUCCACCCUCAGGUGACAUGAAGGUCUUCACAGCUGCCUUUGUGGUCGCCCUCGCCGCUGCCACCUUCUGCGCCCCUGCAUCUGCCUCCCCGUAUGCCUCGGACACCACACCCUGCUGCUUUGCCUACAUCUCCCGCCCACUGCCCCGCGCCCACCUGCUGGAGUAUUUCUACACCAGCAGCAAAUGCUCCGUGCCAGCAGUCGUCUUUGUUACCCGAAAGAAGCGCCAGGUGUGUGCUGACCCACAGAAGAAAUGGGUGCAGGAAUACAUCAACAUUUUGGAGAUGAGCUAGGAUGGAGGGUGCCUUGAACCUGAACUUUCACGAGCUUUCCUACUGCUGCUUGCUCUUGUCCUAACCAGCUUGAGAGGCUUCCCCGCAGCCCCUCCUCAGAGGGCACAGAUUCCACCACACAACAGCAGUUACAAAAGCCUCCCCCAUCUAAAGCCUAGGAGAGCCCCUGAGGCUCUGCCCUGUGCAUAGGAAAUCUCAAGUCUCUGAGCUUUAGGCCCCUCAGCUUGGCCACAGCUCUGCCAUUAAGAAGGAAGUCAGCGUGCCUCUGGAGGUGAACACUGGAUGAAGACUGGCCUCCUAGGAUAAUGCCCUGUGGCCAAAGCUUCCAUCUCAGCCCCUUGCUGGGAAAGGGUGACAGGCAAAUAUGAGAAAUCAGCUUUCCAUUAAAAUUCUCAGCACAAAUGCAAA